AUAAAAUGGAUUUUGGAAUUUAAAACUAAACAGAUGAAUAAUAAUAGGCUAAUAAAGAAUCGUCGAAUCAAAAUGUCAAUGAAGGAAAUAAAAAAUAAUCUGGUUGUUGUGCAUUUUUGACAGUUGAGUAAAUAACAUAUUAAGAUUCAAGAUUUUACACUCCUUAUUUCAAUGUGACCGAAAACGAUGUAAUUCAGAGAAUCCAAGGAACAUUCUUGCCACUCAAGCCAGACUUUCUAAAUCUGAUUCGAGGGAAUCCCGAUUUGUACAUUAUUAUAUAUUUAAAUCAAAGAUGGGGACCAAUUUGGAUUAAUGCCACCUUAAUUUUUAUGAUUACAGCCAUAGCCAAUUUAAGAUAGAUAGACGAAGAAAAAGAAAAUCAAUCCUUCGUUAUUAGUUAUGUCCCAUAAGCAACUGCUUUACUAUAUAUAAUAGCGUUUGGAACUCCAAUAGUCUUAGCUGCUGUUAUGAAGUUUUUAGGAGUUGACUUAAGUUUCUUUUAAACUAUCUGUCUGUAUGGGUACUCAAUGUCAACAUUAUUGCCAAUUACCAUCUUAUGUUAUUUCUAAAAUGAACUAUUCUUAUGGUUGAUAAUUGUUUACGGAUUUGCAAAUUCAUCAUUGUUCUUGAUUGUUAACCUAAAAGAGUAUUAAUUUUUAAUAUCAAAUUAGAGAAUUAGAUAAAUUGUAGAUCUAAAAGAAGUAUAUCAUAAUAGGAAUAGUUGUGACAAUGCAGCUAUCACUUUAUUUGUUUUACAAAUUAGUUUUCUUCUCUUAUGUAACGGAGUGA